GCGAGCACACUGUACUUUAAUAUAUGUUUUUUAUUUGUAGUUAAAACACGGCAAAUAGCAAAUAGAAAACGUUUAUUGGCCCGGGCCCUGCGCCUAGUUGUGUGCAAUGGAAGACGCCAGCGGGCGUUGGCUGGAGCGCUAUUAACGGCCGAAAUGGCCCAGUGAAAGACGUGAGAAAAAUUUGCAUAAAAGUGAGCCAGUAAUUAAAAUGCGAAAAAUGUACGCGUUGCUGGCCUUGACAUUCUGGACGCUCGUGCUGGCGCUACCGCUGAGUACCGAUCAGGUGCACACUCCACAGCCGCCGCCAGUGCCCUGCGAUCGCAGUCGCAAGGUCUUUACAGAGCCGUACGGUGAGAUUUCGGACGGACCCUCCGGCCACAAUUAUACGCAGGACUCCCAUUGCGAGUGGCUGAUCAAGGCGAAAAACGACAGCCAGUUCAUCACACUGACGUUCCAUAGCAUGGGCACGGAGUGCUCCUACGACUACAUAUACGUCUAUGAUGGAGACUCCUUUAACUCAACGCUCCUAGGCAGCUUUAGCGGGCGAACGCAGCCGCAGCGGCUGGUGGCCCGCAGUGGAAGUAUGCUCAUUCUCAUGUACAGCGAUACGAACUACGUACUGGAUGGCUUCCGGGCCUCCUACUACAUAUCAAACUGCUUGAACAACUGCCACAACCAUGGCAAAUGUGUGGGCCACCAGUGCGUCUGUCACGGCGAGUGGGUGGGCCCCGACUGCGAGGACGAGGCCUGCCCCCAGCGUUGUGGGGAGGGCCAGGGACGCGGAAGGUGUCAGAAGAGCAUCUGCCACUGCUCGCGGGGAUAUAGCGGUCGGCUAUGCGAUCUAAGCGACCAUCCUCCGGGCAGCAGCUGGCGGUGGCUGGCCACCGAUGCGGAGGGCAUGACACCACGCGCCGCUCACACAGCCGUCUACAUGGAGGACGAGGAUGCCCUUUACGUGUUCGGCGGCUACGAUUUAAACAACGUGAUCAGCACACUUCAGAUUUAUCGCUUCAGCACUAGUCAGUGGGAGGAUGAGUGGGGCAUAGCACUGCAGAGUCGCCGUCACUUUUAUCAUCCGCAAAAGAUUGAUCAUACGCUACUUAAGGCCGUGCUCCAACACAAGAACGAGGACGAGGCGAAGCUCUGGGGCCUGAACAGUGACGUUAGCUUUUUUCGGAAUAUUCUGUACACGCUGGCGGAAUCCAAUCUGCAUCAGCGCCGGACACGCUCAUCUCUGCCACUGACUAUUGUGAAUGCCAAUUCAACGGAUGAAGAACUGAACGAGUACCUCGAGGACAUAUUAGAAGAGGUGACGGAUCACAAACCCCAUGGACGCUACGGACAUGCUGCGGAUCGGGUGCCGGGCGGAUUCGUAAUCUUCGGCGGCAAGCAUGCCAACGGGAGCUUCUACAGUGAUCUCUGGCAGUACAACAACACGGAGAGUGGCGGAAAAUGGAAGCAGAUGGCCAUCAGGUCGGAAGUGAAGCAUCCGGCAGUGGCUAGGCACACGUUGAACGCCGCUGGUGACUACCUCUACACAUUCGGCGGAAGUCUGGAGUCGGGUGAGUUCUCUUCCAGCGUUUAUCGCAUUCGUUUGCCUUUGUCCGAGGACUCACAGUGGGAACUGGUGCAACCAAGAGGCGGCAAGACACUGGAUGUGCGACUGGCCGCCCACUCCACGGUCUACUACAAGGCCACAAAUUCGAUGAUUGUGUUUGGCGGGAUUAUGACCAGCUUGGCCCGCUUCUCCAAGCUCUCGGAUCGGAUAUUCGCCUUUCAGUUGGACCAGCAACACUGGACGGAGAUCCUGUACCCACGGACGGCACUUCGGGACACCAAUAUACCCAGGGAGCGCGCCUUCCACACGGCCACCAUUUCGGGCAACUACAUGAUCGUUUUUGGAGGCUACACGCACCGGCACAACAAAGAUGAAAUUUGCUACGACAACCAAAUGUACUGGUACCACCUCAGCUGCCACAUCUGGAUCAAUCAGGUGGUCGCCGCCGAGGAUAGCCUGUACCCGAAGCCCCAGGGAGUGUUUGCUCAGGCAGCGGCUCUGCGCAGGAACCACACGCUCCUCAUUGUUGGUGGUUACCACGGGAAUGUGAAUGCGGAUCUGUUUGCCUACGAACUGCCCCAGGUGCUGCGCGUGGAAAACACGCUAUACAAUCCCGAAAUCUCCUGCAGGCUGCACUCCUCGCACACCGCCUGCCUCUCGAAUCCCGAAUGCGGCUGGUGCUCGGCGGACAGUAGCUGCUACGGUCGCACCAUUGGCGCCAAUUGUACCACCAAUCUGCAGACAACACGAUGUCCCGGAAUCUGUCCCUCGCUUGGCGACUGCCACUCCUGCCUGGUGCACGGAUCGCAGUGGGGGGCAAAGUCCAGGAACAAGGCCGCCUUCUCUGUGGCCAGCAAGCUUGGCUUGAACGAGUGCACCUGGUGUGUACAGAACGCCAGAUGCCACCACCGAGACGAUAACUAUGGAAUAUGCGGAGACAGUGCUGGCUGGUGGGGUGACCAGGGCACCGAGAUCCGUCGCCCCUCCCUCUGUACCAGCAACGACCGACGUCCGGGAUUAACGUACGUAAAGUACCAUUAUCCGAUCAACUACACCAUGCCGGAUUACGUGGGUAUAGUAAAUGCCACCAUGGUAGACUUUGCCUCGCCACCAUUCACCACCUACUUCGAGCACAAACUGGAGGGAGAGAUGCUGGCCAGGCUAUUGGGCUUCGUCAGGCCGCAGCAUCAGUGGAACAACUCGGCCAUCCAGGUCUGUACCAGCUACUCCUCGGCGGUGCUUCGCGCUGGCCUGGGUCUCAAUCUCGAUGAGCUGAUCAAUGUCACCACACAGAGCUCAAACCAGAGCUACUGCAGCAACGUCCAGCUGCCAACCACAGAGCAGCCGUUCCUUAUCGACUUUCAGGCCCGGCGACGCAUUGGUGGCAACGGGAUCUACAACGCCUACCAGAAGACUAAGAUGGAGCUGCAGCACCUCCACAACGGUCAGCUGAACGCCUUCACUUUCGAGUAUCUGGAGCCAUACUACUCUGGAGAUUGCACCCAGUAUGGAAACUGCUUGCAUUGCCUCACGGAUGCCUCCUGCGCCUGGUGUCUCACCAGUCGGUGUCACCUGCGGUCCGUGAAUGAGACCGAGGUCUGCAGGGAGCCCAGUGAGCUAAACACCUUCCACUGGUCCUAUCUGAUCAGCCAGCCGAGUCAAUGCUCCAACUGCACGAACUACGUGAGCUGCGAGGCCUGCGCCAAGAGUGGCGAAUGCGAGUGGUGGACAGAGGACGCCCGUUGCGGCCGGAUAGGCAAGACCAACAAUAGCGUGCGAGCAGUGGAGCAGUGUCCCAGGUCAUGCAGAGAGCGGCAGGGAUGUCAAGAAUGUCUGGGCGAACGCGGACGAUGCGUGUGGUGUGAAGCGAGCUCGCAGUGCUUCAGCUUCUCGGUGUAUACAAGUGAAUAUCAAUUCGGAAUGUGUCGUGAGUGGAUGGACCAGGUGGUCAGUCGGCAGACGCAGGAGCAUCUAGGCGAUCAGAAGCAGCUCCAGCAACCCCUGCAGCUGCACCAGCAGCAGUGCAAAUCCUGCGAGCAGCACCGCAACUGUUCCUCCUGCCUCCGCACCUUGAGCUGUGGCUGGUGCUUCGACCGCGACAAUCCCAUCGAGGGCAUCUGCAUGCAGGGCGACUUCAGCUACAGCGCCGGAAAUUGCUCCCUCGCCCUGAAUAGUUCUUCGCACCAUGAUGCAGAGUGGGCGUACGCCCAGUGUCCGGAUGUAGACGAGUGCGGACUAGGCCUUCACGAUUGCCAUAAGGAGGCCAAGUGCACCAACACACAGGGAAGCUACAACUGUCACUGUCGCCGGGGCUACACGGGAGACGGCAAGUUCAGCUGCGUGCGGACCUGCUACGAGAUGUGUCAGAACGGAAACUGCUCGGGACCGCCGGAUUAUACGUGCAACUGUGCCCUCGGAUGGACCGGAGCGGAUUGUGGACUCAGUUGUGGCUGCAACAAUCACUCGACUUGUCUGGAGCGGUUGGGAAAGUGCGACCAGUGUCAAUCGUGGACGGAGGGCGAAAAGUGUGAGCAAUGCCGCCAGGGAAGCUACGGGAAUGCCACAGCGCCCCAUGGCUGUCAUCCGUGCGAGUGCAAUGGCCAUGGCAACCAGGAUCUGGGCAUUUGCAAUGUGAGUAACGGCGAGUGCUACUGUAAGGACAACACGCAAGGGCUCAAGUGCGAUCUGUGUGCCGCCGGCUACUACGGUGAUCCCAAAGACGGAGGGCAAUGCUACUACCAAUGCGAAUCGAGGGGCAUACUCACCAAUAUCGGCAAGAGUGCGAUUGGCUCGUACCAGUCGUACCGCUCGCCCUGGGGUGCCAGUCUGGAGGUGAAGGAGUGCCUGUGGAUACUGCAACCGAAAACCCUACAGGCGGAAAAGUCGCUUCUUCAGCUAGAGUUCCAGUGGCAGAGCCUGGCCAUGGACUGUGACGAGAAUGCCGUCUACAUAUACGACAGUCUGCCGAAUUUAACUGGUGCCACGCAGCAGAAUCAACUCCUGGCGGUAGUCUGCGCUCCCUACAGCUCGGCCAGGAUCAUUGAGGCCCGCUCCAGCCAUGUCACGGUUCACUACAAGCAAGGCAGUGAACGGCGGCACUUUGGAUUCAACGCUCUAUACUCCGUGAAGAAUUGUGUGGCCGGUAGUUGUCUGCCGCCGCACAUCUGUGACGAUCAGCUGCGGUGCGUCUGUCCCGCCGGAUAUGUGGGCGCCCGCUGCGAGAUCGAGAUUUGUCCGAGCAACUGUAAUGCAAAGCGAAUGCAGGGAUAUUGCGACACGGAAUACGGACGCUGCAUCUGCAGCAAUGCCAAUUAUGCUGGCGCGGAUUGUGGGACACUGGUGCAGCGAAGCCACCUGGUGCUAACGGAGCUUUUCAACACGCAGCUGCUAAGCGAGAGUCUGGAUCAUUUGAAGAAAACAAUACCGCGCUUUGGACACUCGGUGAAUGCGGAUCGCAGGGGAUCGCUGUGGAUGUUUGGUGGAUAUUCACCAAAUCAUGGACCGCUUAACGAUUUCCGACAGUUCGACACCAAGAACGGCACCUGGCUGCAGGUAACUGUUGAAUCAUCUACUCCGGAGGAUCGAAUGCCACUCGGACGGUACUUUCAUGCCGCUGAGAUUUACGUGAAGAAGCAGAUUAUCUACAUCUUUGGAGGAAUCACUGCGAACUCGCAGCUUCUCAAUGACUUCUGGAUGUUCUCGAUACAGAAUCAGCGCUGGAGCCAGAUCAAGGUGGAGGUGGAACCAAGUGGCGGGGAUAAUGAAGGGGAAGUGCUGCCUCCUCUGGCCGGCCAUACGCUUACCCAUCUGCGUUACCAGGAGCACGAGUCAUUGUUCCUGAUCGGCGGUUUGACUCUGAAUAAGUCACGACCCUUGGAGCUGUGGGAGUUCAACCUGGACACAGGGCGGUGGCAUCAGCUGGCGGCUGUGGGUGCCACAAUGCCCGUACUCUAUGGCCACAGUACUGUCUACCAUCCGGAGUCGAACAGUGUCUAUCUGUUUGGUGGCUACUCAACGGAACCGCAGAGCAAUCUUUACGCGUUGGACCUGCAGAAGCUGAGCUGGAGCGAGCUACCCAGCUUCAAUGAGAUCAACUCGCCUGCCUCGCUUCUGCCGCGUGCUCGCUACUUCCACUCGGCCGUUAGCACGGAGCACUACAUGAUCCUCUAUGGAGGCAGGACACAACCCUACAAUGGAUCCGAUCUCCUUAUAGCUUAUGUGUAUGCCUGUAACCAGUGGGUGCGGUUAACGGACGACGUGGAACUCAUAGGUCGCCUGCCCGCCUCGAGCUACGCCGAGGACAUGGCAAUCGAUCCAGAUACGGGUGUAAUCUUUGUCAUCGGCGGAUGGGACGGAAGUUCCACGCACAGUCAUGUGACCAGGAUAGCGUUGCCCGACGACAUAUGUCAGCUAUGGAGCAGCAGCAAGUACCAGUGCCGGCACUACAUGGGCUGCAGCUACUGCACCAUUCAGAAUACGUACAGCUACAGCAGCCACUGCUUCAGCCAUGGGCGCACACCGUGUGCCAAUCACAAUGGGACGCUGGUGGUCAACAAUGGAGCCGCCUGCACAGACGAGUGGAUGGCGCGCAGGAGCUGUUCGAGCUUCACCACCUGUGGCGCCUGUUUGGCCGCCUGGCCGACGUAUCAUGAGCUGGCGCCCGUCUGCCAAUGGUGCGAAGAGUGCGGAUUAGGUGGCCGAUGCAUUGCCUCUAAAAAAGACUGCUCCUGGUUUAUUGCCUGGUGCGGUGAUAAACUUAGCACGGGAGUCCUGGGCCUCUGCCCCCUGCCGAAAUGUCACCGUCUGAGCUGUGAAAGCUGUAUGCUUCGGCCUCAAUGCAACUGGGCCAGGAACGAGCUAGGCACUGUGGAGUGCAUAUUCCGGGAGCUGGUGGAGAGAAAUGAGUACAAGCUGGUGGAGAGCUGUCCCCUACCCUGUCACAGUUAUACGAACUGCAGUAGUUGCCUGAGCCAAACGCCGACGCUGGAUCGCCAGGAUUGCAAGUGGUCUACCAUGCUCAACUCGUGUCUGACGCCCAGUUCCCAGCCCCUGUUCUGCGCCGGUGGAGUCUGUGGGCUUGUGUUGGAGGCCAGCGAGCUGGAACGUUGUCCGGAACCGUGUCACGUUUACACCCGAUGUUCCAGCUGUCUGGAGCAUGCUCAUUGCGGAUGGUGCGCCCGCGAGGGCCACAAUGGCGACGGAAUUUGCACAGAGGGUGCCCUUGAGCACAAACAGGAGCAUCCAUCGGGAUCUACCUGCGAUAUUAUAUAUUCCAGUUGGCGAAAUGAUUCGCAGCUGACCCAUGCUGAUGUCGUGUCCUGGCACUACGUGUCGUGUCCGCUGGAGAACGAGUGCAUCAAUGGACAUCACAACUGCGAUGCUGUGUCGGAGCAGUGCAUCGACCUAGACACGGCGGUGGGCUACGAGUGCGUCUGCGCCGACGGCUAUCGCUCGGAGCGCGGCACCUGCUUGCCGGUGUGCAGUCAGGGUUGCGUCCGCGGCAAUUGUGUGAGUCCGGACCAGUGCCAGUGCGACUUUGGCUACGUAGGUGCCAACUGCAGCAUCCAGUGUCUGUGCAACGGGCACUCCAACUGCGAGUCCAGCAGCCGACUGGACAUAUGCCUGAAGUGCCACAACAACACAAUGGGCGAGCAGUGCGAGAAGUGUCAGCCGCUCUUCGUGGGCAAUCCGCGCGAGGGGCAUGCCUGCCAGCCAUGCCUGGACUAUUGCCACGGGCACAGCGACGUUUGUGUGGCCUACGACGCAGAUCCGGCGGUAUUUAAUAUGACGCGCUCAGAGCUUGAGAGGAUUCUACCGGAGGGUCCGGCGCAUAAUGCCACGUGUCUGAGAUGCGGCAAUCACACGGACGGUGAUCGUUGCGACAGCUGCCUGAGGGGGUACUUCCGCGGCAGUGACGAUCUGCAGAAGGAGUGCCGGCCCUGCCAGUGCCAUGGCCAUGGAAACGUCUGCGAUCCCGUCACCGGAGAGAAGUGUAACUGCGCCAAUAACACAGAAAGCGAUGCCACCUGCACGGCCGGUGGCGGUAAGAACUCGGCGCAGCUAUGCUGGAUGGUUCAGUGCUCCAAGUGCCGUGACUCCUAUGCCGGUAACCCUACCGAUGGUCAUCAGUGUUACAAGCAGAUCACCGUCGAAUCGAGGAUGUGCUUCGAUGCCAAGCCCAUAGAGGAAUGUAAAUCGAAGCCAGCUGCCCUGAAGCCUGGCCAGACCGUGUUCUUUGUGAUCCAGCCGCGGUUCAUGAACGUGGAUAUACGCAUUAUCAUAGACGUGACGCAGGGCGAGUUGGAUGUUUUUAUGUCGCCGCAGGAUGACUCCUUUAUAGUGGAAACGAACGAGACGACGGGCUACCACGAGAUCUUCCUGGACUAUCGUUACAAUUGGGGUCCGAAGAUCAAGCGAGAGAAUCCACUAAAUAUUGCCUUGCCACGACACGACAAUGCCAUGAUCCAGAAAAUGUUUGCACCAGAACGUCGCAUUGGUGGCGGCCUUGGAGGAGGCGGAGGUGAGAGAAUCGGAGCCAAUACGUACUACGUGCCGCAGUUGCAGGACUGUAAGAGUCAUGGGGGUCACCAAUUUAUAGUGAAGGAUCAGUACGCCAAGGAUCUGAGUACACAUGUGACCCUCAACCACUGCAACACCCUGCUGCGCCUGUUCGGGCUAAAGAAUCGCCUAGUGGUCACUCUGCCCCAGCAUGAGCAUAACCUGAGCGCCACCCGCUUCUUUAUCGCGUUGCGAGCUAGCUCGGGCCCAGAGCCCAGCUACGGCUCGGUUGUGUUCCGUCAGGAUCAGCUGCACAUCGAUUUGUUUGUGUUCUUCUCGGUGUUCUUCUCCUGCUUUUUCCUCUUCCUCGCCGUCUGUGUGAUCGUGUGGAAGGUGAAGCAGGCGGCGGACCUGAGAAGAGCUCGGCGGCAGCAUGUCGUGGAGAUGCUGCAUUUGGCCAAGCGCCCGUUCGCCCAGAUCUUCCUGGCGUCGGGCAGCCUGGAUGCAGACAGUCCACAUCCGACCUCUUCCUCCUCCUCCUCUACGUCGUCAGCCCGUGCCAUGCGGCAGCGUGCCCGUCAAGCGCUCCUGCUGCAGGAGCAAGGUGCCGGAGACUCCCACCCCAUUAUAAUGCAUCAUCACUCAAAUCGACGCCAGAGCUCGCACAUCAUGCUGGUGGCCAUCGAACCAACUUGCGACAACCUGGCGGCUGUCGGCACGGUGUUCAUCAGCCUCCCCGGUCGCUCCAGAGCUCCCUUGAGCAUUGCCCUGGGAUCUACCCUCAUUUCCUACUCCCGACAAUAUCCCCUGAACGCCCGGCACUUUAUGCGCGUCCAAAGGGCCCAAAACGUGGCCAACAACCCGGCAUAAAUUUGAAAUCUCUAUGCAACCGCACGAACAAACUAAGUAUGUGUUAGCCAAUGUCUAGGAAACCGAGCCUAGUGAGCAAAAUAUCUUUCAGUGCAUGCAUUUAUGUAUCGCGUACAUAAAGACAUUAGCCUAGAUAACGGAUAUAUGUAUAGUUUAGGUAAUUGUUGUAUAUAAACGUUUAGGUAUCGCAAGUGACUCUACCACAUGCACACAACUAUAUAUGUCGGCAGGUUACACCUAUCAGAAGUGGAUAAAUAUACAGGAAAAGGAUAAA